UAGUCCAGGUUCUUUUGCAGGUUUAUUGAAGGUUUAGUCCUAGGUUUAGUUCCAGUUUUAGUCCAGUUUUAGUCCAGGUUCAUUUCCAGGUUUAAUAAAGCUUUAGUCCGGGUUUAGUCCAGGUUUAGUCCAGGUUUAGUCCAGGUUUAGCCCAGGUUUAGUCAAAGGUUUAGCCCAGUUUCAGUUCCAGGUUUACUCACAGGUUUAGUUUAAGUCCAGUUUCAGUUCCAGGUUUAGUCCAGGUUCAGUUCAGGUUUAGUCCAGGUUUAGUCCAGGUUUAGUUCAGGUUUAGUCCUGAUGGCGGUGCUCCCGCUUGUGGUCCGGAUCCUGCGGAGGGUCUGGACCCUGAAGACCACGUUCAUCCUGGUCCUCACUCCUUUCCUCCUGUUACCGCUGGCGAUCAGUACCAAGGAGGCGGCGUGUGCGUACGUGAUCGCGCUCAUGGCCGUGUACUGGUGCACUGAGGCGCUGCCCCUCGCCGUCACCGCUCUGCUGCCCACUGUCCUCUUCCCCCUGCUGGGCAUCAUGGAGAGCAAAGACGUGUGCGUGCAGUACCUGAAGGACACAAACUUCUUGUUCGUUGGCGGUCUGUUGGUGGCGGUGGCGGUCGAGCACUGGGACGUCCACAAACGCAUCGCACUCAGAGUCCUGCUGAUGGUCGGAGUCCGGCCCGCUCUGCUGAUGUUGGGCUUCAUGUCGGUCACGGCGUUCCUCUCCAUGUGGAUCAGUAACACGGCCACCACCGCCAUGAUGGUCCCGAUCGUCCAGGCCGUUCUGGACCAGCUCCACGGAUCCAAACCAGACCAGGACCAGACCGAGGCCAGACCUGAGACCAAACCUGAGACUGGACCUGAGACCGGACCUGAAACUAGACCUGAGACCCACCCAGAACCAAAGACCGACCCGGGAUCAGGGGAGAAAGUCCAGAUGGAACCAGCGGAGAAGAUCCACAGUGUCCUCCAGCCCAGCCCUGAACUUGGUGUGAUCUCAGAGAAGUUACCGUCAGAACACAUUGCUCCGCCUCUUCCAGUGAAGCUCCUCCCCCAGGCCCCGCCCAGCUCAGUGAUCCUGUCUCUGGAGCUGGAGGAGCUCGGUGAUGAAGAGGAGGAGGAGAAGCUGAGGCGGUCUAAAGGUUUACUGCUGAGUGUUUGUUACGCCGCGAGUAUCGGAGGAAUCGCCACUUUGACCGGAACCGGACCGAACCUGGUGCUGGUCGGACAGAUGAGCCAACUGUUUCCUCAGAACGGAGACGUGAUAAACUUUGCGUCGUGGUUCGCCUUCGCCUUCCCCACGAUGGUGCUGAUGCUGACGCUGGCCUGGCUCUGGCUGCAGCUGCUCUACAUUGGCUGCAACGUGUUCAGGUCGUGCAGCUGUGGAUCUUCUCGGUCUCAGGAGGAGGACUCGGCCUUCAGACUGAUCCAGGAGCAGCACCGGAGCCUGGGGCCCAUCAGCUUCGCCCAGUGCAGUGUGCUGCUGCUCUUCAGCCUCAUGGUGGCGCUGUGGUUCACCCGAGACCCGCGCUUCAUGGACGGAUGGGCCACGCACCUCUUCAACAACAACAAAGAGUACGUGACAGACGCGACCGUGGCUCUGUUCGUGGCUGUGCUUCUCUUCAUUCUUCCGUCUAAGCCUCCCACUCACCUGUGCUUCUGGAGGACCGCCCCCUCAGAGUCCUUGGUGCCCGCUGGCCCCGCCCCCGCUCUGCUCACAUGGGGAGUGGCUCAGAAGAAGAUGCCCUGGAACAUCGUCCUGCUGCUGGGAGGAGGAUUCGCCCUGGCCAAAGGCAGCGAGGAGUCGGGUUUAUCGCGGUGGCUCGGGGAGCAGAUGACUCCUCUCCAGUCGAUCCCGCCUUGGGCCGUUGCCGUGGUAAUCUGCCUCCUUGUCGCCACGUUUACAGAGUGUGCCAGCAACGUCGCCACGGCAACACUUUUCCUGCCCAUCCUCGCCUCCAUGUCCCAGUCCAUGUUGCUGAACCCUCUGUACGUGAUGAUCCCGUGCACACUCAGCGCCUCCUUCGCCUUCAUGCUGCCUGUGGCCACACCCCCCAACGCCAUCGUCUUCUCCUACGGCUACCUCAAAGUCUCCGACAUGGCUCGCUCUGGGGUGGUGAUGAACAUCAUCGGGAUCCUCUGCAUCAGUUUGGCCGUGAACAGCUGGGGCAGAGUUUUGUUUGGACUGGACUCUUUUCCUGAGUGGGCCAAUGCUACUGCACCACUUUAAAGUACUUCUACUACUACUAAUACUACUAGUACUCCCGUAUGAAGGUCGUAUACUACACAAAACUGACUCUGAAGAGCUUUAAGCCAUGCUCGAACGUUGUUACCUCCUCAAAAACAGACCUGCAGUUGUGUUUUGUUUCAUUAUCAUUAGUCUGUCUAAACCUCUAAAGCUCAAAAUGUUCUGUUCCACCUUGUGAUGUCAUGAAGUAGUUUGCAAGUUAACAGUUCCUUUUACCUUUUGCUCAUUAGAGAUCGGCAAUUCCAGGGCUAAAAUGAUUCUAAUGAUGGUGUAUGGAGUUUAAAAACACAGUGGAGCACCUGUAUUAUUUUCUGUUUGUGAGAAAAACUCCACCUAAAUAUCCAGGGUUUGUGUAAAUGAAAAGUUUAAUGUGCACCUUUAAGUCAGGGGUCUUUGACCUGUGGGUCAGGAGCUACUGGUAUCUCUCCACCUCCUUCCAAGCAGCUCACCAAGGGAUUUCUGAACACCUAUUAUGCUAAAUAAGUACAAUUUGAAAAUGUAAUUAUUAUUAUUAAUUACAUUUUACAUUUCUUGUGACUCUAAAACUAGCAGCUCUGUCACAUUUUCAUUUUGUAAAAGUCACUCACUGGAGGAAAAAGGUUGGAGACCCCUGGUUUUAAGUAUUUCUACUACUACUAUUACUACUACUACUACUGCUACUACUGCUACUACUACUACUAUUACUACUACUACUACUGCUACUACUGCUGC